GAGAAGCGGAGCGGAGCGGGCGGACCCAGCCGAGCCGGAGCCGGAGCGAGCCGAGCCGAGGAUGAUAAACACCCAGGACAGUAGUAUUUUACCUUUGAGUAACUGUCCCCAGCUGCAGUGCUGCAGGCACAUUGUUCCAGGGCCUCUGUGGUGCUCCGAUGCCCCUCACCCACUGUCGAAGAUCCCCGGUGGGCGAGGGGGUAGCAGGGAUCCUUCUCUUUCAGCUCUGAUAUAUAAGGACGAGAAGAUCACUGUUAACCAAGAUGUCCCAGUGCAUGAAGGGAAGCCUCAUAUUGUCCACUUCCAGUACAAGGUCACAGAGGUGAAGACCUCCUCCUGGGAUGCAGUGCUCUCUAAUCAGAGCCUCUUUGUGGAAAUCCCUGACGGAUUAUUAGCUGAUGGAAGCAAAGAAGGGUUAUCAGCACUGUUGGAGUUUGCUGAAGAAAAAAUGAAAGUAAACUACGUCUUUAUUUGCUUCAGAAAAAGCAGAGAAGACAGAGCUCCACUCCUGAAGACAUUCAGCUUCUUGGGCUUUGAAAUCGUGAGGCCUGGUCACCCCUCUGUCCCAUCGCGGCCAGACGUGAUGUUCAUGGUGUACCCCCUGGAUCAGAACUCUUCCUCUGAUGAAGAAUAGCUGCAGCGGGGGACUCCAGUGUGACCUGAAAAUGCUGUUGAGGGGAGAGAGGGUUACAUCUCCUUUCUUGAGGAAAGGGAAAACAAGCUUCUGUUGGACUGAAACUGCAUUUCUCAUUGUUAGAUUGGCCUGUGUAUCCUCAGAGUUGACUAUCUCAUUGAAAUGUGUUGCCUAGAGAACUAUAUAUACACACAUGUAAUCACCAAAUAGUAAAUGGAAGAUGUUUAUGAACUGGCAUAGGAGCUCUUUACGUGCAGCUGUGUGGUGUGUUAGCCUAGGGGCGCCUGGUGCCCAGGCCGUGCGUGGGGGAGCACAGCGGUAGAUGCAGUAUCAACUCCGUGACUUCUCUAAACCCGUGUUGGUCCUUUCCUGAUCGCCCGAUGUGCGCUCAUCUGACAGACUACCUUUUUAUUUUUCACUCAGACUCUUAAGUAGAAGGCAUGUUUUGGGUGUUAGGCACGUGGAGGAGACGUGCUUGAGUUUAACCUUUUAACACUACAUUAAAACCCUCGUGCGUCUCCGCUUUGGGGCGACCGAUGCUGUUUUAACUGGUCUAACCUUUUUUUUUU